AUGGCCCACCAAGCACAUGCCUAUCACAUAGUUGACCCAAGCCCAUGACCACUAACCGGAGCUAUUGCUGCCUUACUGAUAACAUCAGGCUUAGCAAUCUGAUUUCAUUUCCACUCAACGACGCUAAUAACUUUAGGAAUAAUUCUCCUACUUCUAACCAUAUAUCAGUGAUGACGGGACAUUAUCCGAGAAGGGACUUUCCAAGGCCACCACACACCCCCAGUACAAAAGGGGCUACGAUACGGGAUAAUUCUAUUUAUCACCUCCGAAGUGUUCUUUUUCCUGGGAUUCUUCUGAGCUUUCUACCACUCAAGCCUAGCACCGACACCUGAGCUGGGAGGAUGCUGACCCCCUACAGGAAUUGUUCCGCUAGACCCCUUUGAAGUACCACUCCUCAACACAGCCGUGCUACUAGCAUCAGGGGUUACAGUAACAUGAGCCCACCACAGCAUCAUGGAAGGAAAACGAAAGCAAGCCAUUCAAUCUUUAGCACUAACCAUCCUACUGGGACUUUAUUUCACCGCACUCCAAGCCAUAGAAUACUACGAAGCACCAUUUACAAUCGCAGACGGAGUCUACGGCUCAACAUUCUUCGUGGCUACAGGAUUCCAUGGACUACACGUUAUUAUCGGAUCAACCUUCCUAGCAGUAUGCUUCCUGCGCCAAACCCAGUAUCACUUCACAUCUGAACACCACUUUGGUUUUGAAGCCGCUGCCUGAUACUGACACUUUGUUGACGUAGUAUGACUAUUCCUCUACGUAUCUAUCUACUGAUGAGGCUCAUA